CAAUGGAGCAAGAGGCGUUGUACUGAGACAGCGAGCAAACGUUGAGAGAGAGAGAGAGAGAGAGAGAGAGAGAGAGAGAGAGAGAACAACAACAACAACAACAACAUGCCGAAGAAAUACAUAUACCCUGCUGAAACACUGGACCCGUGAACGGAAACAACGUCAAAAUAAAAAUUAAGAAAACGUCAAGAAAUUCUCAGGGACCUAUCAGGAGGACAACAGUCGGUGUCAGGCGGCGACAAAGCGACAGGAAUAUCUUUCAAGAGAAACACAAACUAUGUAGCUAAAAUCCGUGAUGGCGCCAAUGUUGCCAGUUUUUUUUUAUGACUGACAAAAAGUCGCCCGGUCAUCUUAUAAAUUAGCCUGAUUUUUAGUUUUUUUAAAAUUUUUUUUCCCUCUUAUCUUUGUCUGCCCUAUAAAAGAAACGGGACGUAUAAUGUCAUGGAUCCAGGGAGUUAUGGAUUCUUGAAUCUCUUUGGACGCAGGGAAUGCAAAACUGCAGCACAGACGAGAACAAACUGAAAAUCCAGCAGGCGUCUAUUGCAACAGGCCUUGUGGAUGAGAGAAUAAAGCUUUGGAUUUACUGCAGGAACAGAAAGAGGAAGAGGGAUGAUGGACGGCAACCAAAGAGAAAAAAGUCAUGUUCCACCACAACAAAGGCAAGAAUUUCUACUGAAGAAAGCACACAAAAAGUUUCCAAAAAGACGAAUCAAGAUGUUGUUGUGGGGGUGGACUCUGACUGUAGCAGGCAGGGACAAGGAGACCCAGGCCAGGACUCGGCAUCAUCCUCUGAUGAUGAGACGAAUAGAACCACGCCAGACCUGCUCGUCCAGGACCCAGGGAAAGACAGUCCACAAGAAACAGCUGCCCACCUCAUACAAAGUGUUGAGGGAAAGGUCCAGGAGCUCCACGCCUGUAAUUGUGACGUCAUUGUCCUGGUCUACAACCACACCAGCGGCUGCCUUUCCACAACAGGAACGCUGAAAGGACUGGACUUCCUAAGUUCUCAGAAUCCAGGAAUUGACUUGCAGUUUGCAGCAGCUGUAUCAGUGUCUUCGUGUGACUAUACUUGAACAUUGUGAAUGUUGAAGACUUGGGAAAAAAUCUGAUUUCCAUCCUGAACUGUGGCAUGUUUCUGCUCUGAAGCCAAAUAUGAACAACAAAUCACAAAGUCGGCUCCCUCUGUACGCAAACAUGCAAUUUCCUGAUGCAGCCACGUAGAGUGGCGAAGCUUUAUCAUGCAGUGUGAAAUGUUUGAAAACUAAACUAAUACUUGAAACCCAGAAGGUGAAGUGCAAGCACAACUUGAACAACAGCAGGCUGUUGAAAGACAAAAUGUUAGGGAUUUUCUUCUACUGUUUAAUUUUCUUUUUCUUUUUUUACUUACAGUGUUAGCCCAUGUUUUGUCAUAUUAUCUCAGCAGUCUAUGUUAAAAGCUGAAAAUAAAUGUCCACAUGGUCUCUCCAA